AUGGCGGACCCAAAUCUCUUCUACAUUUCCCUCCUCCUCCUCCCUCUCUCCCUCCUCUUUCUUCUAUCCCUAAUCACCAGACCUCGACCCAUCAAAAUCCCAAUAAAGAACCGCCAUGUCUUCGUCACCGGCGGAUCCAGCGGCAUCGGUCUAGCCCUGGCCCACCAGGCCGCAUCAGAGGGAGCCCACGUCUCAAUUUUAUCCCGUUCAAUAGACAAGCUAGAAGAAGCUAAGGACGCAAUCAGAGUCUCCACCGGCAUCGACGUGGCAAUUUUUGCUGCUGAUGUGAGAGAUUUUGAAGCUGUACAGAAAGCCGUUAAUGAAGCUGGGCCCGUAGAUGUGUUGAUUGUGAAUCAAGGGGUUUUUGUGGCCCAGGAAUUGGAGGAGCAGAAAUUGGAUGAGGUCAGGUUCAUGAUUGAUGUUAAUUUGAUGGGGAGUUUCAAUAUGAUUAAAGCUGCCUUGCCUGGAAUGAAGAGAAGCCGGAAGGAUCGUGGACCUGGUUCUAUUGCUCUCAUGUCUUCACAGGCUGGUCAGGUAGGUAUUUAUGGAUACACAGCUUACUCAGCUAGUAAAUUUGGUCUUCGGGGUUUAGCAGAAGCAUUGCAACAGGAGGUCAUUGGGGACAAUAUCCAUGUCUCUCUUGUAUUCCCUCCGGAUACUGAAACUCCUGGUCUGGCUGAAGAAAACAAAAGAAAACCACAACUCACAAGCAUCAUAGCAGCCUCCUCUGGUGCAAUGAAAGCCGAUGAAGUUGCAAAGAAAGCUUUAGACGGCAUUAAAUCUAGUAGUUUUAUAAUCCCUUGCAACUCUGAAGGAAUCUUAUUGUCCAUAGCUACUGCUGGUUUAUCUCCUCAGAGAUCAUACUUGAUGGCAUUUGUUGAGGUGGUUGCUGCUGGUAUAUUACGUCUUGCAGCUCUGUGUUUCCAAUGGAAUUGGUAUGGAAGCAUAGAGAAGUGGCACAUGCAAAAAAAGGAAAGAAUUUGGACCACGGUGUAUGGUAAACGUGUGGUGCGAGGUUGA